AGACUCAAGCUGAGAAUGCUUUGUUACCAAUCCUCAUGGACCUUCCGUAUAGAGAUCGGCUUUUAUCCAAGUUACUCUCAUGCUUAACUACCAUCAUUCUUCUGUUUGGGAGUGUCCUAGCUUUAGCAGAAACUGGCGGGGACGAGACCGAUCAGCUUGCUUUGCUAGAAUUCAAGGCUCGAGUGGCUGAUCCUAGUGGGGUUUUGAGCUCAUGGAAUGAUACUGUCCACUUUUGCGAGUGGUAUGGUGUCACAUGCAGUCGUAGACACCGACGAGUCACCGUAUUAGACCUCCACUCCAAAAACCUAUCUGGGGCAAUGCCACCACAUAUUGGUAACUUGAGCUUUUUGAGGGAAGUCCAUAUGCAAAACAACAGUUUUAGCUCUGAAAUUUCCAUGCAAUUCGGACGCUUGUUUCGGUUGCAGAAAUUGUUCCUGAAUAACAACUCGUUCAGUGGACAAAUCCCUUCGAAUCUCUCCCAUUGCUUUGAUUUGCUUGUUCUUAACUUAGGCUACAAUGCACUUGAAGGAAAUUUGCCUACAGAACUCAGCUCCUUGUCCAAGCUCCAAGAACUUAUUCUUCAAGCCAACCACUUGACGGGAAACAUUCCGCCAUCGUUUGGAAACUUAACCUCUCUUCAAGUCUUCGCAACAUCUUCAAAUAACCUUGGUGGUACGAUCCCGGAGACUCUCAGUUGGCUGAGAAAUCUAAAUAUCCUCUUUCUCAGUGAGAAUAAAUUUGUCGGUACGAUUCCUAUCUCAAUCUUCAAUAUAUCCACUAUGACAAUGCUUGCAGCAGCCGAAAACCAAUUAGAAGGGGGCUUACCCAGUGACUUAGGCUUCACUCUUCUGAAUCUUGAGAUAAUCAGUUUUCGUGACAACCACCUCACCGGACCCAUUCCUAAGUCAAUAUCUAAUGUCUCUAAUCUUAGUCGAUUCCAAAUUGGGUUGAACAACUUUACCGGGAAAGUUCCUUCUUUCUCACAGAUGAGAGGACUCUAUUGGAUGGCUAUUAAUGCAAAUAACUUAGGAAGUAGGCAAUCUGCUGAUCUGGACUUCCUCUGCUCUUUAACCAAUUCCACAAACUUGGAAGUAUUGGGUAUGGAGAGCAAUGAAUUUGGAGGACCAAUCCCCGACUGUAUCGGUAACCUUUCUAUCACCCUUUAUAUAUUUGUGUUAGGUCGCAAUCAAAUUUCUGGAACCUUACCUUCUGGAAUCGGAAAUCUCAUCAAUUUGGAGAUCCUAGGAAUGGAGGGCAACAAUAUCUCGGGAAACAUUCCUUCUGAGGUAGGAAAUCUGAACAAAAUGAGGAUUAUGUCUCUCGAACAAAAUAAAUUCUCAGGGCAGAUAGCAGAAUCUAUUGGGAAUUUAAGAAUGUUAACCAAAUUGGACUUAGAUGGCAAUAAUCUUCGAGGCUCGAUACCAUUGUCCCUAGGAAACUGCCUGAAUCUACUUCAAUUGAACCUUUCGGCCAACAACCUCAGCGGUCACAUACCCCCAGAAAUUGUGGGCCUCUCAUCUUUGUCGAUUUAUCUCGACUUGUCUCAAAAUAAUCUUACUGGCCCCCUUCCAGGAGAAGUUGGAAAAUUGCAAAAUCUCGGUGAAUUACGUCUUAACGGGAACAGAUUAUCUCAACAUAUCCCUAGAAGUAUUGGUAGUUGUACAUCCAUGGAACGCCUGUAUCUCCAGGAUAACUUUUUUGAAGGGCCCCUACCAUCGACUAUGAGUUCCAUGAGAGGCCUUCAAGUUUUGAAUGUUUCCAACAACCAAUUGUCAGGCGAAAUACCGAAAUAUCUAGAGUCACUAAAUCUGACGAAUUUGAGCCUAUCUUACAACGAUUUUGAGGGUGCGUUGCCUACAGGAGGAGUUUUUGGAAGUCCCAUUUCAACAUCAGUUGUUGGAAACAGGAAGCUUUGCGGGGGUAUGCCAUAUUUUCAACUACCAAAAUGCGACUAUGAAGAGUCAAAACGGAGAAGAAUAAGCAGAACUACAAAAGUUCUCAUAUACAUAGUCUCUGCUCUUGUAGGAGUAGCCUGCAUAUUCUCUUUGUUAUACUUCUUCCGGUAUAAACACAAUAAGAAAGCAUCAGCUUCAAGCUCUUUUGAAGAAGGACUUUUGCAUGUUUCUUAUCAUAGUCUACUGAAAGCGACAUGUGAAUUCUCCUCCACCAAUUUGCUUGGUGUGGGCAAUUUUGGAUCUGUGUACAAAGGGUUUCUUGAUCAGACUCAGUCGAUCGUGGCCAUCAAGAUUCUCGACCUUACACGCCACGGAGCUUCCAAAAGCUUCAUGGCCGAGUGUGGGGUCUUGAGAAGAAUCCGACACCGUAAUCUCGUGAAGGUACUCACGGCUUGUUCUGGUUUUGAUUUUAAUGGAAAUGAUUUCAAGGCAUUGAUCUAUGAAUACAUGUCAAACGGGAGCUUGGAUGAAUGGUUGCACCCAACUGCAUCACAAUAUACAACAAGAAGCAAGUUCAAUCUACUUGAGAGAGUGAAUAUUGCAAUUGAUGUUGCUUGUGCUCUAGAUUACCUCCAUCAUCACUGUGAAACGCCGAUAGUUCAUUGUGAUCUAAAGCCCAGCAAUGUACUUCUUGAUGAUGAUAUGACUGGACAUGUAAGCGAUUUCGGGCUUGCCAGGUUCCUCCCAGAAGCAAUGCAUAAGUUAAUGGCCAAUCAAUCAAGCUCUGUCGGGGUAAAAGGAUCUUUUGGCUACAUACCUCUAGAGUAUGGCUUGGGAAGUGCGGUAUCCACACAAGGAGAUGUGUAUAGCUUCGGAGUCCUCGUUUUGGAGAUAUUCACAGGCAAGAGGCCGACCGAUGACAUGUUUGCAAAUGGACUGGACCUUCAUCGCUUCGCAAAGGCAGCUCUAGUAGACGGAGUGGAAAAGGUAAUCAAUCCCGUUCUGUUUCAGGAAAUCAAGGAGUUGGAGAAGAGACAAACAGUUGCUCCGAAGUGGAAGAACAAAAGUUGUUGCAGUAUUCAGGAAUGUUUGGUUUCGAUCAUCGAAAUUGGAGUCGCUUGCUCUUUUGAGUUUCCCAAGGAACGAAUGGACAUUGGCGAUGCAUUGACUAAACUCCAAAUAAUCAGGAUGAAACUUCUUGAGUUCAUUGUCAUUGCCUAGUUUAUGUAAAAUCCGAACUUCGUAUGGAGUCUUGUCGUCUUCAUGAUCAUUGCUUUGUUUGGAAGUGGAUAUGGAAUUUUGCCAUUCAAAGACAAUUUGAAUCUGGCAAUAGCAAAACCACAAGUAAUGGAGACUAGUGAGUGAGCAAUCCAAGGAAGAUCUAUGAAAAAUAAAUGUGCUGUGUUUU